GUAAUCAUACAUACGGAACCGAACCGAACCCAGACAUCAACAACAUCGCCAGGCGCAGGCCAGCUAGAUUUGUAAUCAUAGACUCAAAAGUAUUUGAUCCCGGAGUUUGAUUGCACUACCGGUAUUCCUUCUGAUCUGUUGAACAAAGUGACAAGUUUUUCAUGGAUACCAAUGACGAUUUACAUCUCUCUAUCCCAUUGGACCCCCUCAAAGACUCCUUCAGCUGUCCGAUAUGCAUGUGCCUGUUUCACAUGACGACCCUCACGCUGUGUGGACACCGCUACUGCGAAGGAUGUAUUCUAGAGUGGAUUGAUAGGAAGCGCAGAUGUCCAUGUUGCAAUGCCCCAGUGAGGAUUGCGGACCUGAUUCGGGAUACGGGAUUUGACGCUUUGAUCCAGAUAGUCGUACAACAGAAGAACAAAGCAGAGGAUGCCUAUUUCUCGGACCUCGUCAAAAAGUGCAAAGCACCUGUCUCGGUUAUGGCUGAUCCCGCGACCAGUGACCAACCAACGAGUACAACCCCUGAUGAAGCAGAACCGGGAACAUCGAAUGAGGCAGAAAAGAAGCUAGCUAAAAGUGCAGAACUAUCACCCGUGGAAAGGAUACUGCAUAAAUACAUCAGAGUCGGGAUCGUUGAACAUGAGCGCUAUUACCGCAACCUCAAGGGUCAGUUUCAGAAACAUUUUGACCAUGCCGUGGAGCAGAUUGAUAUCCUUAAAGGCAAAGAUGAUGAAGCAAGUGAAGCAGAAAGAAAGUCGUGGAUACAAAAGAAAUGUACACUCUCCUCCGAAUUCCAGAAAUGUACAAAGCUCUUAGCGACUACAUACGACAGAUAUCUAAAGGAACAUCUCCCAACACUUAGUACUAUUCCGGUCACUGUAUUUUUUAGACUGUUUGGCAAAGAUAUUGUUGUUGGAGAACUGGUAUUGCAGCCACAUUCGAGCAUGUCUCAAAUCAAAGAGAUGUUGUUUCUACGAAUCAGAGAGAGACAGGACAGGGUUGCCGUGUAUAGAGAACCUAAUGUCCAUUACCUACUUAUCAGGCCAUAUGGUAAAGAGCACAUCGUUGUAGAUGAGGCUCUCAUAUUCACACUCCUCGCCCAAGAUAACCCCUAUAAUACGGAUCAGAAUGAACUGGUAACCUUGCUACACAGCGAAUCCAUCCCUGUCUUAGAGUAUGGCAUCCAACCAGGAUGUGAUAUCGUCAUCUUCGGAGAGGUCAAACUGAGAAGCGAGCUACCAAGACCGUGUUUCACAGCCUUGUUUGAAGAAGGAGAAGAGAAGAUGGAUUACUUCACUUGCAAGGAUUGUUCAUUCAACUGGGUAUGCCGGUCGUGCCGGGAUCAUUGCCACAAAGAUCACGAGACAACUCCAUAUGUUAUGGGACAUCAACCAACGUGGGCCUGUUGCUACUGUCCAAGAAAAAAGAAGUGUUUAUUAAGGGACCCAGGCUUGUGAACAUCUGAAGGAAUAAAUGCAGGCAUUCCAUCGCUACUUUGGUGGUCAUACUUGCGUGGCAAUAUUAAAGCGACUUUCCAUUGACAAAUCAUGGGGAAAUCAAGGCUAAUCUCAGAACAGAGAAAGGAUUCAAGUCUUUCACUCAGCUGCAUGCCUGGGGGUGUUAUGUAAUAGACGCUGGUAUGUCUGGGAGGUCUAAUAUAGGAGAGCAGUAGUUAGUAGACUAACCAACAAGAAGUAAACUGCAUGUUUUCACUUUGAAACAUUAACUUCACAGAGGUUAUUUUAUUUUGGUUUAGGAAUCAAGAGACCUGCUAAGAGUCUAGGAAUUGGGAUUGUUGGAAACUAGAACUGCGACGACCCGAAGUAAAUAACCAUCACGAGUUCGGUCAAAUUUGUGCUCUCCGAACUUUUAUUGCAUUAGUCCGAUGGGCGCUCAUGACGGACGGAUUAUAUUAUGCAAGUCAAUUGGCCUUUUGCAAAUUUCAUAUUGAUUCAAUUUCCCCAUGAUAUGUCAAUGGCAGUGCGCAUUAAAGCUGUCAUUCCAGAGCAAGACGACUGCCAUAAUCUUCAAAUUCAAGCGCUUCAUGUGGGAGAUCCAGCAAUGUGCUGUAGAUAUCGGGAUAUUCUCUUUUUCCGUUUCACUUUUCUGCUCAUCUUGUUGAUAUGUUCAGGCUGAAACUUUUAUGAUGGUUUCAUUUUCUAUAAUUUCUUAUGUUCAACAUAACCUGAAGUUUCACUGUCGUAUGCUUACGCCAGGGGAGCAUUUCAUGAAAGGACUUCUUGGAUGUUUUAUCCGACAAGUCCUGUUUUAUCCGAUUGAUACCAUAGUAACAUUGCUUCUCAGCCAAUCAAAAUCAAGGAAAUUUGUCAGAUCUGACAAUUUGUUGGACGAGAAUGUUGAUGACACACUCCCCUGGAGCACCAUUACAUAAAGAGCAAAUUUGCCAUUAUGACACAAAAUUGAGGAAAUUUCUUGUUUAAACUAUCGAACCCCAAUUUCGAGUUCCUAGCCAUUCUGACCAACCCCUCCCCCAUCCAGAUAUCAGCAAUCCUUUGCAAGAAUGGUAAUCCAUAAGUAAACAAACUCGCCCAGUUGUAAUCCACCCCACCCCAUCCCCCCCUGGAGAAGUGACCUUCAUAGCCUGGCAUCACUGAUAGGGAGAAAGGAAGAGAGAGAGAGGGGUAUUAUAAACAUGCAAGAGUCCCGGUGGGUGUUUCGUAAAGCUGUUCGUAAGUUAAGAGCGACUUUAAGAACGGCUGAUGAUCCUUUCUUAUGGCGAAUGGUAUAUUCAUUAGCGAUGGUUUUGCACAUAAGAAAGGAUCACCAGUCGUUCUUAAAGUCGCUCUCUUACGAACAGCUUUAUGAAACGGCCCCCUGAACUAUUUUUGUUUUACUUAUUGUAAUUUUGCCAAUUGUGGGUCAUUUUGCAUCGUUCAAACUUCCAUUUUGAUCUUCAUCUAAAUUUCGAAUCGUUUUUGGAUAUGCCAAUGUCCUAAAACAAAUAGAAUACAGAUUCAUUAUUCGUAGCUCUUAAUAGUUUGUUUAUACUAUUAUGUAAGAUGGACAGCUGCAAUCCAACUCCACCGCUAUGGUCAUCAGCCUGUUGCCGUGGUUGCUGUGUGUUAUCAGCUCUUAUCAGCUGUCAGUCCACCCCUCCCCAGUUUUAAACGAGAGAUAUGAAAACUCCCAAAAACUGAAAGUGGGAGGGUAAAUACCCCACUUGAGCUACCAUUGACAUAACACGCAAGGCAAUGGGGUUCCUGUGUUAUAAGCUGGUGGGGUAUUUUUUAAACGGAGGAAACAUGAUGAACUACCAUGGUAACGGGGCUCAGCAGCCAAUCACAAUGAAGGAUUCCAUGUCCGUUACAAUAAAAUGGAAAAGUUACCAUAGUUGUGAGUCAUGAAACGGCUCAGAAUUGUGAAUAUAAACAACUCAUAAAUGUGGAGAAUGGUUUUUUAAAAAAAUCAUGAAAAUGUAUGUUCACUGAAAUAUUGGCUUGUAAAAUAUCAGAUAGCCUUGCCUUCUCAAUUUAUGGAAUAUCUGAAUAAGCCAUGUAUUUCUUAUUUGUAUUGUUCGAUCUAUGGAUAGUUCGUAUUUUUUCUGUAUUUUUAAAGGACAAUAUUAUCUAGAGAGACAUGGAGCUGGGUAGUGGGAAUUUUCCUAGUUUUGUUCUAAAAAUAGAUAUAUCUAUUAUCUCCAUGACUAGAGUUUGAAGACUAAGAAAAUGGUUAUAUAUGUACAAGUGCUAUUCUGGUAAUUAUCAAUUAUUACUUAUAGUACAUGUAAGAGUAUUUUUUUCUCUUAAAGCAAUAUUGUAAUUUGAUCUCUAAGAAUAAAUAAUUUUGGUGUAAAGUGAAUAAGAUUAUAUCAUGGUGUAAUUUAAAUCAGAAUGUAUAUUUUGGGAGAUAUGUAGGAUGCAAAUGAUUUAUGUGUUGCAUUUUUUUAAUAGUAGUUUUAUGAAUUACACAAAUUCUUUCAGAAUCCUUUGGCACAAAUUUGUCAUUAAUACAGUCAUAUAGACACCUGGGUGAUCAUGAUUGGAUUCUGUACGAACUCAUUUUAAAAUUGUUAUCUUUGAUAUGAGGGACAAUGGCUGAGUGGUUGAGGAAUGGUCUCCUUGACUGGUGACUCAAGUUGAAGUCAAGGACAUUAUGGUUAUGGCUCGUGCCUGUAGUAAAGCUUUCAUUCUUUUUAUACUGGAUGGUGUUUGAUAAAGCCGUUUGUAAGUUACUCGCAACUUCAUGCACAACUUGCGACCAUUAUUAGUUGCUAAAUCUUGGUAACGUUUCAUGAAAGGAUUAGUCAGAUGUUUCAUCAGACAAGUUUUGUUUUAUCUGACAGUUGCCAUAGUAACAUGCUUCUCAGCCAAUCAAAAUCAAGGAAUGAUGUCGGAUCUGACAACUUGUCAGACAAAAUGUUGAUGAAAUGCUCCACAGAUUAUCAAUCUUUUUUAUUCCUAUCAGGUGUAGUUGAAAUUAAUCUUUUUAGAUUAGAAUUAUAUUACCAAGCAUUAGAAUGGAAAUACAAUAUUUUUUCAAAAUUUGACGAGUUAUAUAAACUGGGAAUGCACCCCCAUUUGGGGUGUCUGAUUCAGGGUAGUUUUUUUUCAGUCAUGCUUUGAAAUGUGUGCAUAGAGUGCGUGUAAAGUGUGUAUAAGACUUCAAGUGUGUAUAAGAUCAUGUGUAACAAACAAUCAGCUUUAUCAAAAUCCACCCAGGUGGGUGUUUCAUAAAGCUGUUCAGAAAGUUAAAGAUAAAUGCCAGUUGUAACGAUUUCAAAAUGAGUUCGUACAGAAUCCAAUGAAAUUACCACCAAAGUGUCUGUUUUUAUAAAUAAAAAAUAUGUGCCAAAGGAUU